UAUACUGUUAUACAAUCAUUUCUUAAUAAAAAAAUCGCUACUAUUAAUUUUUACAUACAUUACGUUUUUUAAAACUCAAUCUAUUUAUAAAUCUAAAUAAAAGUUAAUGUCGUUACCGUGGCAUAUUCCGUUAGAAGCUUUAUCGAACGCAACAAAAAAAUAUGUUCCAGCUCAAGUAUCUUUGCUAAAGCAUUACUGCAAGCUAAAUAUUCACGAAAACCCCUGUGAAGAAUUGCAAACAGGUCUUAUGUGUGAUAUUGGGGUCCACAAUCGAGAACCAGCUACAAUACAACGGCUAAUAGCAUCCGGUAUGACUGUAGCUAGACUUAAUAUACGAGAUUUGGAGCCUGAUGCUUGUGCCCAGUUAAUUCAAAGCAUAAGACAAGCCGUAUAUAAUUACAGUGCAGAAUUAGAAUAUGUUUAUCCCUUGGCUCUUAUAGUAGAUGUUAGAGGUUCAGAUAUUAUAACAGGUAAUUUGAAGGGUGGCCCCCGAUCUAACAUAGAGCUUAUUCAAGAUAGAACAAUUAGACUAACUACUGAUGCAAGUUGGCGUGAAAGCGGCACUCCUGAUUGUCUGUAUGUUGGAUACGAUCACCUUACUGAUUUGAAACCGGGUGAUAUAGUGUACAUUGACAGCAUAUCUCCAGGAAAAAUCAAAUUAGUUGUUUUGGAAGCUGGAGAUGAUUCAAUUGAAUGUUCAGUAGUAGUUGGUGGUAUAAUUGGUGCAAAAAUGACUGUACGAAUUUCUCAAGUUCCACGUAAAAUAGAAAAUAUACACAGAGGGCAUGACGAUAGCUUAGAAUCAUUUUCAUGUAAUGACACAACACAACCUUUUGAACACAUGGAAGAUCAGAUAGCUUGGGCUAUUGCGUCUGAUGUAGAUGGUUUAUUAGUACCUAAUGCUGAAACUACUUAUGAUAUUCGUCAAGUAAGAGAUAUUUUAUCUGAAAAAGGUAAACAUAUCCUUGUUUUUGCGUGUAUUGACUCAGUAUUAGGAUUUGACAAUAUCGAUGGUAUUUUAUCUGAAGCAGAUGGUAUUUAUUUAGAUCGGUGUAUAUUGAGUACCGAUUUACCAGUAGAAAAAAUAAUUAUUGCUCAAAAAAUUAUCAUUGCUAAAUGUAAUGAAAUAGGAAAACCUUGUCUUUGUAAAGCAGUCAUAAAUGAACAGAUACCUGCGCUAUGCGUAACUGACAUAGCUAAUUUAGUUUUGGAUGGUGCAGAUGUGCUCUCCUUGGAAAUUCAUUAUGAUUCUCCUUUAAAAAAAAUUGCUCCUUCCUAUGAUACAAUACGCAUGGCUGAGCAUUGUUUAGCUGCUGCUGCAGUAAUUUGUAGGCACGCAGAACGAAUCGUCUGGCAACCAAAAACUUACGGUAAUGUCGAACUGAUGCAAAGUCCUCUCGAAGAACCUACAAAAGCCGUAUGUGUUAGUGCAGUGGAGCUUGCAAUGCGUUCAAGAGCAGUUGUAAUUAUUUGUUUAACUAAUUCUGGUCGUACAGCAAAAAUUCUAGCACAUGCAAAACCUACAUGUCCCAUCGUAGCUGUAACACGCACUUGUCAUACAGCAAGGCAAUUGCGUUUUUGGAAAGGAGUUCGCGCAUUGCACUAUUUUGAGGUGGCUAGAGGUAGUUGGAUUUCUGAAAUCAACUUUCGGAUACAUGCUGCCCUUGACUAUUGCAAAGCAAAACGUAUUAUACGAGCUGGCGACGCAUAUGUAACAGUCACGGGAUCGCGUCGGGGUGUAGGUUAUUGUGAUUCAGUUCGACUUUUGUACGCGAGUGCUCGUGAUACAGUUCUGAUAGAAUAAUACUAUUUACUUCAAAUCUUUUUUCCUUUUCUUUUAAUUUUUUGUUCUAUCGCAUUUAAUCUAUAUUAAUUUUGGAUACGCGAAUAUAGUGCCAUAAUAAAAAUUACUUAAGUACGUGUAUAUCACGUACUUAAGUAAUUUUAAUUUUUCCUUAUUUAAAUCUGUUGUAUGGUUGUAGGAUAGAAAAUUUUAAAGUAUAAUAGGUCCUUGAAUAAAAU